AUGAGUCGUGCUUUAUCGUCUUCAAGAGUUCUUAUACAAGAAGAGCUUAUUCCAGCUACUAUAAUCUACUCGAUACAAACGGGAAAGGUUUUACAUAUAGAACAUCAGAUCUUGGAUAGUAAAGAUGAGAUUUUGAAAACAUUUGAUAUUUCCCCCAAUGAUUAUCGGGACGUUUCUCCAUAUAUAAUAAUGCCAGGGUUGGUUGAUGCCCACGUUCAUCUUAAUGAACCUGGCCGUACCGAGUGGGAAGGCUUUGCUACGGGGACUCAAGCAGCGGCUUCCGGGGGUGUCACCACGGUUAUUGAUAUGCCUCUUAAUGCUAUACCUCCAACAACAACCGUUGCUAACUUCAAUUUAAAAAUUGAUGCUGCAAAGGGUAAAACCUGGGUUGAUGUUGGGUUUUGGGGUGGUUUGAUUCCCACUAAUUUGAAUGAUUUGAAUCCUUUGAUUUCAAUGGGGGUUCGUGGGUUUAAAGGGUUUUUAAUCGAUAGUGGUGUAGAUGAGUUCCCGGCAAUUACUCCAAAAUAUAUUCGUAAGGCAAUGCAGAAAGUUGCAAAUAAAAAAACUUUACUUAUGUUCCAUGCUGAAAUGCAACCUCAUGUCGAUAAUGUCCAUGCUUUAUUAGUAGAACAGAUUGGUAAUAAGACGCCAAAUUUGAAUGGGUUGGCAGAAGAAAUCGAUGAUAUCGAUUUGGGUAUGUCUGCUUCUUUCAUUAAUCGUGCACCUAAACCAGUCCUUAACUUAUUAGCAAAGCACCCCCAUUCUGAUAAAAAUAAUAUUUUACCUAAUCGUAAAAUUGAUGACUCUAAUUUGACCGAUGAACAAGCAAAAGCAUUGGCAAAAUCUCCUUAUUUAGCCGGUUCUGAACCACAAUUUGGUAAAUAUGCUAGAUUAGCAAAUCCAAAUCAUGAUGAAUAUUUGAAAAAACAAAAAGAAAACGAACUCACAAGUCCCUUGGCUAAAACUUUCGAUUUCGAUACUGAAAAAUUAACUCAUGAUCAUCAAAAGACUCCGUUGUCCUUAGCCCAACAGGAUAAUUCCUUAUUAGAAAAUAUUGACCCAACUUCUUAUGCAUCAUUUUUAGCUUCACGUCCCGAUAAUUUUGAAACCACUGCGAUUGCAGAAAUUAUCAACUGCUCAACAAAAUUCCCAAAUAUCCCAUUACAUAUAGUCCAUUUAGCAACUUAUGAAGCCAUUCCAUUAAUCAGAGCAGCUAAAUCUCAAAACUUACCAAUUAGUGCUGAAACCUGUUUCCAUUAUUUAUCAUUAACUGCUGAAAAAAUCAACAACUGUCAUACUCAUUUUAAAUGCUGUCCACCAAUUAGAACCGACGAGAAUCGUAAAUUAUUAUGGAAAGCAUUAAGAGACGAUAUCAUUACAACCGUUGUUUCUGACCAUUCCCCUUGUACUCCAGAUUUAAAAGGUUUAGAAAAAGGUGAUUUCUUCUCAGCAUGGGGUGGUAUUUCUUCAGUCGGUUUUGGUUUGCCAAUCUUAUUCACUGAAGGAUCAAAAUUAUCCCCUCCAAUCACAAUAAAAGAAAUCAGUAAAUGGUGUUCUUGGAAUACUGCAAAACAAGUUGGUUUAAGCCAUAAAAAGGGUAAAAUCGAUGUUGGCUAUGAUGCCGAUUUCUUGAUCUUCGAUGAUGAAUGUGAAUACAUAAUUGUUAAUGAUGAGACUUUCUUCAAAAAUAAAUUAACCGCUUAUGACGGUAUGAAAUUCAAAGGUAAAGUCAGACAAACUUUUGUCAGAGGUAAUUUAGUAUUUGACUUAAAAUUGGGCCACUCUAAAGUUGCUCAAGGUAGCUUAAUAUUAGAACCAAGAUUUGAGUGA